AUGAUCGAGAGAAAACUUCAUCGAAAAGCAUCCAAGAAUUUAAAUAGAAAAAUGGGUUUAACAUCAACCGAUAACAUGAUUAUAGAAAACAACGACGACCCCAGAGUGCCUCCCAUAGCACCAUUCCAUACGUCACUUCCGGAUGGUCGAGACGUCAUCAUCAAGUCAAUGACAGACAUCCAGUUGUCAGAGACGUUCACCAUGAUCCAAGAAGCUGCCCAACAGAGUAACGGCUUCGGCAUCGACGAAUAUACCAACGAAAAUGAAUUCCGAGAAGACAUCAAAGGCGGAUAUUGCUUCGCUGUGACCAUCGCCGAUUCCAACGAACUCAUCGCCUCCUUCAUCCUCGCCAUCAGCAAGUUCUACCGAGGCUCAACUGUCGCUGAUCCUUUCAUCAUCGUCAAAUCCACGGAACGAAGAAAGGGCAUCGGCGAAUUUUGUCUCCAGAAUGCUGUCGACUUCGCCUCAGAUCUUGGCUUCAUUGGCAUGUACAUCGACUGCUUCAGCAACAACAAAGGCAUGCUGAAGAUCAUCGAGAAUACUGGUGGCUUUGCUCGAGUGGGUUGUCUGCCCCUUGGUGGUCAGAUGAAGAAUGGUACAAUAGUUGGUUCAGUGAUCUUCUAUCGAGACUUACGACGAGAGGAAUAAGCAGGACCUGUCCCACAUGGUUAACCGAUUACCUCAGUGGACACCUUCAAACCAUAUCAUUAGCGGCCAGCUAACUCAGACACAGCAGGCACGUGAUCGGUUGGAAACCACACGAGGAUCAGCUCGCCGGUUACCUAGAUACAGCUCGACAAAACAUUUUCGAAGUGCAAUCGGCCUCCUUCGUUUAUUGCUGCUAAGAUUGCUGUUACUAGCGUGGACUUAUGAGUACAACGUGCAAACCACUAAAAGGGAGAUGACCCCUGGUCGGACGAAACACCUGACUGACCUAGCCUACACACCCGGGCAUUGUAUAGCAUAACGCUUAUCAGAGAGACGAUUUUUUUGUGAGAACAUUUUGAUUUAAACGAUCUGUUGGUGAAGCAUAAUGAACAUUUUGAGCAUUUUUUUGUGAACAUUUGUGCAUAUUUUUGUGAACAUUUGUGCAUAUUUUUGUGAGCAUUUGAACAAUUUUAAACCAAAGAUAUUAAAAGGAAGAACCAGCGAUAGGUUUUGACUGUACGAUUCAAAAUGGAAGUAGAAAAUGGAGAAGAAGAGACGAAAUGGAAGGAUGUUCUAACCCUAAGAACAUUUGAAUGCUUGGCUUGACUAUGGAAAGAACAUAAAGAGAUUGUUUUAAAGAACAUUUAAGUGAUACGAACACAUUCCAAAACGAAAAUCAAAAAGAAUAUUUGAGUAAUGAGAUUUGGACGAAUGGUUAGACGAAAUGGCAAUGAUUUUUGUUUGUUUUUUUUAAUGAUUCCAUAGUGCCAAAGUCACUUAAUAUAUUUUUUAUCUUUUACGCCGUUUAAAUAAAUAUUAUGUUAUUUUAAUAAAUGAAAAAUUGAAUUUAAAAAAA